UUACGAGAGUCGGUGGCAAGUGGCAACUUAUACGGAGCCCCGAUCCGUGUUCGCCGCCGCCCCUUCUUCCACCAGCGUCGUCGCCGCCGCCUGCUGGCGAAAUCCUAGUCUCCCGUCGCUGACCCUCGCCGUCCGUGGUGACGGCUCCGUCCCUUCCGCCUGUGGCUAGCUAUUAGUAGGUCACUAGCCGAAUCCGCGUCGUACUAGGUCAUCAGCCGUCUGCCUGCCUUGCCGCUACUACUGACGUUUCCACCGUCGCUGUCCCUUGCCGUCUGGAAGCAAGCAAGGCUAGCGAAGGAGAAGAGGAAGCUCGGGAAUAGAAGAAAAGGAGAAGGGAACAAAGGAAGAAGAAUAAGAGGACGAAGGGGGAAAAAGGAGGGAUUUCGCGGAGUUCAUCUGAUCAUCACAAAUUCAUAUUCUUCGCUGCAAGGAUAGACAUGGGGCUUGUGUGGAUAUGAAGGAAUAAGUGGUCUUAAGACAAUUUGGAACAACAGAGGGCAUGGAAAAACUGCUACCUGAAGAUGUACUCACCAACAUCAUUUGCCGUCUUGCACCACGCUAUGUUGCUAUAUCCCGUUGCGUCUGCAAGACCUGGUGUGCCAUCAUUGAUGCCCGCAACCUUCUGCGUGCGGACCUCCUCCCACGCUCAGUGCGUGGAAUAUUCAUUAACUUCAAUGAGUUAAGCAUGUCAGAAUUCUUCGUCCGCCCCUCAAAAGGCCGAACGGUAUCUGGCAACUUUAACUAUUUGCCUCUUGGGUCCCGCAUCAUAGGCCACUGCAAUGGGCUUCUCUUGUUUUGCAACUAUGUGAUUAACCCAGCCACACGGCAGUCAGCUCCACUGCCCCCAUGCACAAGCCCAAAUAUUGUCAUAGAGCACUUUGUUUGCAGAGACUACCUUGUAUUUGACCCCCAAUUGUCACCACAUUAUGAGGUAUUCAUGAUCCCUCAGGUCCGAUGCUAUGGGAGGUAUGAAAUGUUGAAUUCUGAUGAUGAAUUAGACCCUGCAAUGGAGGGAUUAGAAUGGCCACCAUCACCUUGGAUCCUGAACGUGUUCUCAUCAAGGACAAAGAUGUGGCAGGAGAGGUCAUUUGUUCGAGAAGGGGAGGCUGCAGGGAAUGUUGCUGACAGGCGGUUGGAUUCUUCAUGUGUUCAGGACAACUCUGUCUAUUGGCGGGGAGUACUUUAUGUAAAUUGCCAAACCAAGUUUGUUAUGAGAAUAUCCUUGUCAAAUGGAAAAUACCAAGUAAUCAAGCCACCUGUAUAUUUUGAAAGGAUGGAAUGCACAGAUCUUUAUCUGGGAAAAUCAGUGAAAGGAGUGCACUGUGCUUUAUAUGGCUUUCCAUCCAGUUUUUGGAUUUAUAUUCUUGAUGAAUCGAGUGGAAGAAUGGAGUGGGUAUUCAAGCAUUCCUGUGAUAUUCAGCCAUAUCAAAGAAUCGAUGGGCGUGGACCCUGGACUUUACAAGAUAUUAACUGUCAGGACUGGUCCAAUGAAUUUGAAGAGGGUAAGGAUGAGGCACUGGUACAGGAGAAGUUUGAAUGGGACUCGGACAAUGAUAAUGUUAUUGACACCAUAAGCAGGGGCAAUCAUCUGACUCGUGGUGAUAUUACUUUUCUCGGAUUUCACCCUUACAAGGAGGUUGUCUUCUUGAGUGACACAUUAAGACGAGGAUUGGCGUACCACUUAAAUAGCUCAAAGAUUCAAGACUUGGGCAAUAUCCAUCCAACAUAUUAUGAAAUAGAGACGGGUAUUCAGCCAUUUAUACAGGCGUCUUUUCCAUACACACCCUGGACGGGAGUGUUUCCGGAAGACAAUUAAUUUUUCCUUGAAGAUUAUGAUACUAUAGGUAGCAUGCCCGUGCGUUGCUACGGAACAACUAAACUUUUGUACUAAAAACACAUACUCUGUCACUUCUAACACCAAAGAAAAGAGUUGUGUUCCUGCA